AUGCCUCCCAGGAAGUUCAACCAGCCAGGCCCUUCUGUUCCCGAACACGAGCUUAAAGACAUCGCCGCCAAAUCCGACAGCCCAGAAGAUAAACUCAGAGAAGCCGCUGCAUCCGCCGAGUCGGCACUUAACUCGGCAAAGACGGCCUCGUCACUACGCUCCGCUGCCGAUACGAUAAAAGACCCCGCUAAGCGCGAAAAAUACCUCCAAGAUGCGUACAACAAGGAGAUCGAAGCCCACGGCAACUCGAAGAAGGCACGUAUGCUGAGCUCAGGCGCAUUCCAGGGAAGCAUUGGUGGUGGAGGGAUUGGCAUGGCUGUUGGUGCUGGCCUGGGCACAGUAGUUGGCACGCUGGUGGGGACUGUGGCUACGAUUCCUACAACGGCUGUGGGCACGUUGGUUGGCGCGGGGGUUGGGGGUGUACAUGGGCCUUGGGUGAAGCUUGGAGGACAGAAGAAGGACAAGGGAGAUAACAAGGAAGAUGACAAGGAGGGUCAAGAAGGGAGCGAGGAUGAUGGCGAGGAGAAGAUAAUUGAUAACGAGAUGGAGGAGGAAGUGAAGGAUGAGGCGGAUGGAAUACCUGAUCCGGAGGCAUUACGACGUGCUGCAAACGAGGUUGAACAGCAGAGAAGAUUAGAGGAGGAAAAGGGAAGCGCAGGCAGGGAAACGAAGGAGAGAAGGAAGCCCAGGAAGAUAGAAGUGAGGAGUACAUAA